GCGAAGGGCGGGACGGGCCUCCUGCCGAGGCUUUCCGAGGCUGCUCGCUGGGAACGCGACGGCCAGCGAGCUUCCUCUCGGAUGGAGAGGAAUUGGGAAGAAAGGAACCUUCUUCCAGGAACUGGGCGGAGCAGAGCUUUUCUGCCGACCCUCGGCCUCCAAUGAAACACUGGCCCUCCGUGCGGUGCCCCACCCGCCGUUUACUGGCGGUGUCCGCGGACAGGUUAGGGUGGCCACACCGCCUGCACCUGCAUCAGGUCAGCGACCUCGAUGCGGGCGGUGUCUGAACACGCGCGAGUAGGGACUGCAUCAAGCCCAUGAAGGUGGAUAAGAGGUCGGGAAGCGGCGUGGCCAAGAUCCACAUCGAAGAUGACGGGAGUUACUUCCAAGUCAGUCAGGAUGGAGGGAUGAAGAAGCUGGAGAAGGCCAAGAUCUCGCUGGACGACUGCCUGGCAUGCAGUGGCUGCGUCACCUCAGCAGAGACUGUGCUCAUCACUCAGCAGAGCCACGAGGAGCUGCGGAAGGUUCUAGGUGCCAAUAAGAUGGCAGCACCUGAUCAACAGAAGCUGGUUGUCAUCUCAGUCUCGCCCCAAUCCAGAGCGUCACUGGCUGUGAGGUUUCAGCUGAAUCCUACGGACACCGCCAGGAAAUUAACAGCAUUCUUUAAAAAAAUAGGUGCACACUACGUGUUUGACACCGCCUUCUCGAGGAACUUCAGCCUCCUCGAGUGCCAGCGGGAGUUCGUGCGGCGGUUCCGAGAACAGGCCGACCCCAAGCAGGCCCUGCCCGUUCUGACUUCCGCCUGCCCAGGCUGGAUCUGCUAUGCUGAGAAGACCCACGGGAGCACCCUCCUCCCCCACAUCAGCACGGCACGGUCCCCGCAGCAGGUCAUGGGCUCCCUGGUCAAGGACUUCUUCGCCCAGCAGCAGCGUCUGACCCCUGACAAGGUCUACCAUGCAACAGUAAUGCCCUGCUACGACAAAAAGCUGGAAGCCUCCAGACCUGACUUCUUCAGCCAGGAGCACCAGACACGCGACGUGGACUGUGUCAUCACCACAGGUGAAGUCUUCAAGCUGCUGGAAGAAGAAGGGGUCUCGCUGUCAGAGCUGGAGCCGGCUCCUCUGGACAGUCUGUGCAGCAGUGCCUCUGCCCAGGAGCCCACCAGCCACCGGGGCGGGGGCUCGGGGGGCUACCUGGAGCACGUGUUCCGGCAUGCAGCCCAGGAGCUCUUCGGGAUCCAUGUCACUGAGGUCACCUACAGACCCCUGAGGAACAAGGACCUCCAGGAGGUGAUUCUGGAGAGGGACGGCCAAGUCCUGUUGCACUUCGCUGCAGCCUAUGGCUUCCGCAACAUCCAGAACUUGGUGCAGAAGCUCAAGCGCGGGCGCUGCCCAUACCACUUCGUGGAGGUCAUGGCCUGCCCGGCAGGGUGCCUCAAUGGGGGCGGACAGCUCAAGGCCCCUGACAUGCCCGGCAAGGAGCUCCUGCAGCAGGUCGAGAGGCUGUAUGGCCUGGUCAGGACCGAGGCACCGGAGGACGCGCCCGGGGUCCAGGAGCUGUAUGAGCGCUGGCUGCAGGGCGCAGGCUCGGAGCGGGCCGGCCGCCUGCUGCACACCAGCUACCACGCGGUGGAGAAGGCUGGCUCUGGACUCAGUAUCAGAUGGUAGAGGCUUCACGGGUCCAGCCGGUCCACUGCUGCCAACACCAGGACUCCUGGGAAGGUGGAGGCUCUCCAGCAGGGUAGUUGCCCGAGACCCCAAGGGGCACCCCAAAAUGCUGCAGGGACACUAGGACCCUCACAGCAGUGGGACUCGGAAUCACUCUCACCUGGACUCCUCUCGCAGAGCCGGAGGCUCUACCAGCCACUGGCCCUCUCCAAGGUCCUGAGCCCUGAGAAGCCUGGGCUCCCCCUGGGUGUGGGAGGGCUCCUCACCCUCCAUCUCUAGAGUCCCCCAAAACUGCUAUGGGCGGUUGUGAUAGACUGGACCUGCCCGGCUGGUGAGGUCACAGCAGAGCCUGGGGGGCCUGCCACACUGGGCAGCCGCAGACAGUGGACACAGGCAGCCGGCCCAUGACCCCCCUGGGGUGGGCUGCCCCUCCACCGAGACCAGGUGUCUGCCAGAGCCACGUCCCAGAGAAGCUCACCUCUAGUAAAAACAGCUUCUUUUCAA